AUCGCAAGUCAAUCGAUAAUCAAAAGUUUGGUCAAUCCCGAAAUAUAACGACAGGGAUAAAAUAGCGCGAUUUGGAAACCAAAACACCAAGUAAGAAGAUGAAAGAGCUUGUUAUUUCGCGGUGAAUAUUCCCUCUCUCUGGCUGAAAUGUUCAGCGACGAAUCACAUGAACCUGUUUAUUUUACAUCCUCAUGGAAAACUGAAAGAUAUGUCAAGGAAAGUGGAGCCCAAACAAGUGAGAUCAUCACCUACGAAGCAGAUGUCCAAGUUGUGAAUAGAGCUGAUGCUGGAUGCCAGACAGAGGAGGAGACUGAGCAGGAGAUGGUUAUUGGACAUGAUAACUCGCAGAACCUGGUUAACUUUAUGCUUCGUGUCUAUCCUGAUGUCAGCAAACAACUAGAGGCUAAUGCUAUAAGUCAUGCUUUUGAUGGUUAUGAUGUUGACUGGGAAGAGAAGUCAAGUGCUGUCACCUGUCAACAUAGGCUGAUCAAUCAAGCAUCGGGGAAUCAGCUGCAAAUUACAAGUCUCUCCUGGAACUCAACAGGAUCAGUAAUUGCUGCUGCAUAUGGCCGGCUUGAUCAUGAAGAUUGGUGUACACACAAGUCGUCUCUUUGUACUUGGAACUUGGAUAGAAGGGGCAUCAAUGUCAACAAAGCAGAUACAACAGUGGAUCUGUCUAGUUGUCUGCUCAGUCUUGCAUUCCAUCCGAAGUCACCUGCACUGAUUGCAGGAGGAACUUUCAAUGGGGAGGUACACUUAUGGGACCUUAGUUGUGAGGAUGAAAUGCUGGUUGCUUCAUCAGGGAUGGGCAACGAUUCACAUCGGGAACCUGUCAACAAGAUCAUGUGGUUGUUGGAUCCAGACUCAAAGGGCAAAAAGUACCAGAUUCUUAGUGCUAGUGGUGAUGGGAAAGUCUUGCUCUGGCAAGUACCACCAAUAGAGUCUCAGGACCUCAGGCUUGUUGGCGGAUACAUUCUGCAGACCGGGGCAGUUCCUCGAAGCUUGAGAACAAGUAAAGCCAAGGGCGACAUGGAGAUGGGGGUUACUACUUUAUCUUUCUCGCACGAGGACAAGACAUUGUUUGUGCUUGGCUCUGAGGCUGGUGGUAUUUUCAAGUGUUCUGUGAAUUCAAGGGGUCCACCAGUUGGAAAUGUUACUAGCUCAGUGCCCCUGGGAUCCCCUGUGACGUUUGCCUUUGCGCCACAUGUUGGCCCCGUGUUUUCAGUCAACUGUUCACCUUAUCAUCGCAACCUGUUUCUCACGUGUGGUACUGAUGGCACAAUACGAUUAUACACAAUGCUACAGGCCAAGCCAUUGUUAUCUCUGGAACCUGCCGCGGGCUACCUGUUCGCCAUCCGCUGGUCUCCUGUCAGGCCUCUGGUAUUCUCUGUUGCUACUGGAGAUGGAAGACUGCUCAUAUAUGAUAUGAAGGUGAACCAUAUAAACCCCGUCACUACCAUUGAUGUAUCCGACAAGAAACCUGUUCAUACGUUGGAGUACAAUAUCCACAGGCGCCAGCUGGUUGCAACAGGGGACAGUGAAGGCGUCAUCAAAAUUUGGCGUCUGAGUGAUGAGCUCACUACACAGGGCCCCCGUGAAACAGAGAUUCUCACAGACAUAGCAGAGACGCAGGGGGAUUAAGGUCAACACAGUUAGACAGGGCAACACCAAUUUAUGUGAAAGGAGGCAAGUUUUCGAGAGCUGAUGGCUAUAAUGACCCAUGGGCACGGCCAUCAAUUGCUCACGGAGGAGGUUGCACACACAAAGUGUGGGGGGUGGGGGGAGUCGCAUACUUCAAAUCAACCGUUUAAGGACUCUGUAGUAGUCCUCUUAUGUUAUGGCCUGGUGGGAUUUAUAAAAGCUGUUACAUCUUUGACACCAUGUAAUUUUGACAACUUUAUUACGGACAAACACAAUUUCAUUACACUACAAUUAUUGAUGGUUACAAUCUUACUCUUUACUCGUACUUUAAAGGCAUUUUCUAGACAGUAAUAAAGUAUAAAUAUUAUCCUAAA